AUGCCCAGUGAAAUCGACGGAUUCGCAGCUUCAACACAGAUCUUGGCGAUUAGUCAUGUACUAUGGAUCGCCCCCGGACCCGGGGGUACAACAAUGCUAGGAGAAAGAGGUGGCAUCGAGGCCGCAGCGCAGCGAGGUCUUGAGCGUCGACAGCGCGAGAAAGAAGAGACAGCUGCUCGAGAAGGCAAAUUCAUGAACGGCGCAAUGUCCGACUCUGGGACGACCCUUACUCCCGAGAAUGAUCAGCCGGAGGAGAACGAACGAGUUGAUCGCAAAACAGACCUCGAAUUGCACAGCAAGAAGAUAGACGGGAAUAUUUCGUCUCUCAGCGACUCGUCUGAAGGCGAUAAUGGAUCAGCACAAAAGCAGAGUGAAGGCAGGUGGGAAAGGUUCACAAAACGCUUCCAAUAG